AUGAGUAUCACGCCUCUUGGAUUGCUACCUAGCGCACAGCGUCUACGAGCGAUCUACCCGCAAACUCCAACACCAAACUUCUUAUGCGUUGUGACAGCGACCCCGGAACAGAAAGAAGUCUUCGUUCGCAAGGGUGGAUACAAGAUGAAUCUAUGGGAGAUCAUCGUUGCGGAUGAUACACGCUCAGACUUCAAGGUCACGUUCUGGCUGCGCCCACCCCGAGAGUCCAACAACGAACAGAACCACGUUCAAAACCAACUGCUACAGACACUAGAGAGCAUCAAAGUUGGCGACAUUCUGCUUCUGAGGAACAUUGCGUUGACAUCGUUCGGUGACACCGUCUUUGGCCAAUCUCUGAACCCGGCCAUCACACGGGCUCGAACGACUAUUGAUGUCUUGACGAGAAGCAAUGGUGUAUCAGCUGCCCAGCUGGGUGGGCUCCCGGUGCCGGUAAUCGAAGUGUUCAAGAGAGUCAAAAAGUGGGCAAGACUGCACAUCGCAUCUGAUAGUGCGGGUUCGAGAAAGAGAAAGAGCAGCCAGGCGAAACAACACAAGGACACGAAACGCAAUUUCACAGCGCGUGAUGUCGAUGACUCCAUGCCUCCCGACACUAUGGAAAGUGUAUGA